CUAUAAUUAUCUGAUAAACAAUAUUACUUUUCGGGUUGACCCCAGCCGGAGUGGGGAAAAGAUUUUUUAAAAAAUAUAAAUACCUACAAGCUCAAUCAAAGCAUUAUAGUUGAAAUUUGUUCAUAAAAUCGGCAAAAUGAAAUUGAUCUUAGCAGUUCUAGCCAUUUCUGCCGCAUAUUGCGUAGCUGCCCCAGCAGAACCAAACAAGGAACCCAUUCCAAUAGUUAAAUUCGAAAAUGAAGGAGUAAAUGCGGACGGAUCCUACAGUUGGAAUUAUGAAACCGGAAACAACAUAAUUGCCCACGAGCAAGGAACAGUUAAAGCCGGAGGAAAACCCGACGAAUCUGAAUUGGAGGUUGUAGGAGGUUAUGAAUACACCGACAACGAGGGCAACAAGGUUCAGAUCUCCUACAUCGCCAACAAAGACGGGUUCCAACCUCAAGGAGACGUUCUCCCCACUCCUCCACCAAUCCCACCAGCGAUCGUCAGACUUCUGGAAUACCUCAAAGCACAUCCAUCUGAAGAAGAUGAAAAAGAACAAAACAAAGUUUAAAGUUUAGUUAGAUAAAUGGCAGUUUUUGUAAAUAUUUUGUAAAUAAAAUAUAUUUUAAAAAAUAA